CGGGAAGGCUUUCAGCUGCUGUCAACAUGAGGUUCCGGUUCUGUGGUGACCUAGAUUGUCCUGACUGGGUUUUGGCUGAAAUCAGUACCUUAUCCAGAAUAUCAUCAGUUAAGCUGAAGCUCAUCUGUGCUCAGGUACUGAAGAAACAACUUGGAGAGAAGAUUGAUUAUGAGAAAAUCGUCAAGCUGACAUCAGAUGCUCGCUUUGAAUCAGGAGACAUCAAAGCAACAGUUGCUGUUCUGUGCUUCAUUCUUUCAAGUGCAGCUAAGCAUAAUGUGAGCAGCGACAGCCUGUCAAGUGAGCUACAGCAGCUGGGAUUGCCCAGAGAACAUGCCUCCUCUCUAUGCCGAUCAUAUGAAGAAAAGCAGAAUGCACUACAGGAGACACUUAGGGAAAGCAGCCUGCGAUUGACAAGAAUGUCCUCACUUAAUUGGCGUGUAGAUCAGAUUCUUAGUUCCAGCAUUAUGAAGCAACUGAAUGAACCUCUUGUGCACCUUAAUCUGACUUUAUCAGAUGGAGAGUGCAACCAGCCUCUUACCAUGACUGUUUCUGCCUCCAAACUCCGUGUCCUUAUAACAGAACUGAAGCAGGCUCUUGAGAUGAUGAAUGCCCUGAAUUAAGACCAGAUCAGAUACACAGCCAACAUUGUGGGUCGCAAUCAAAAGAUGGAGAAAAAUCUGCAUUGAGAAUGGCAUCAACAGAUGUAUUUUACUGGACAGAGCAAAAUAUAUAGAGACGCAUUAUGAAGCAAGCUCAGUCCAAAAUGAGCUGUAACAGAUUCUGCAGUUAUGCCUUCCUUUUUAAAUGCACAUUGUACCUGCCAGUCAGGUAUUUUUCAUUUGGAAACUAGUUUGUUCCAAAGAAGUAUUCUGCCUUUUGUUAACAACAGUGUCGGACUGGGAUGCCUGGGGUCCACCAGAAAACCUUUGGCCACAGGCCCACUCUCCAAAAUAUUUUUCCUUUUUAUGUCAUUUACUUUCUUUAUUCUUUUAAUCACUUUUCCUCAAAUAUUAUCAUCAGUCUCUACCUCUCUACCAUUUCUUCUCUUUAUUCUUAUGUAGAAAUGGGGCAACUGCUGUUUUAUAGGCAUACAAGGCAAAUAGUUGGGUGAGUAGAAGGGCCCACUGACACCUGGGCCCACCGGGAGUUUUCCUGGUAUCCUGGUGGGCCAGUCUGACACUGGUUAACAAGUUUCCCCAAAAUUUGUUUUUGUUUGAGUUUACCUGGUCAGUGCAGCUAAUGCUGCUCCCACUGAUGUACAUAGACUUACAUAAUUGAAAUAAAUAGCACCCAACCAGCAGACAUUAACGUUUGUUAGUAUAUUUUACUAAUAAUAUAUAGACCACACUAAAAAGGGUGCUUCAGAGACUGAAUUAUAGCAGUGACUAUGUUACACAGUAUGAUCGAUUACAUGUAGGCAAACCAUUAAAUGAAUACUGUAAAUACAGUCAAUAGGCACUGCAGAUGCAGAUCUCGGAAUUCUCAGCCUUUUCCCCUACUACCAGUUUUGUGUUUCCACCCUGAUGUUUAAUUUAUCAUGUUUUACCUAAGUUCGUAUAUAUAUUUGUUUCAAUGUGCCAAUUUGCUGGUAUAAUUACAACCAUAAACUGUUUUUCUUAAAGGGGAACUCCACAGAAAUAUGACUUGAUCUUUUUGAAAAGUAAACAUAAUGUCAAGCAACUUUGCAAUAUACAUCAAUUAAAGAAUAUGCAGACUUUU